AUGUUUCGCAAUAGAAAGAACUCCCAGAAGCCAGGCGACGAACUCAUCCAGAGAUUUCAAAAGACUUUCUCUGAUGUUGUUCCUCAAGUCCCCAAUAGUCAGACAGCGUCUUUUGGUCAAAUCCCUGCUGGCCCAAUCACUCCGGCUAAUAUGGAGAGUGGUGACUUGAAACUUCAUGAUGCCACGCCUCGUCCGGGCCAGGAUAUGAGAUACGCGCCGUCUUAUGUUGACCCUAACUCACUUUCCUUCAUAAAUCCCUUGACUCAACCGCAUGGCUACUAUACGCCGAACUCAGGCGGGCUCAGUGCGGUGUUCCACAGCCAAGCGGGCGAUCUUCAUACUCCUAUGGGAAUGAACAUGAUCACCCCUCUUACCCUGCCGCAGCAGCUUGCUAGCGCCACUAUCAAUGCUGAUACUACAGCCAUGGGCCUCGACCAGUUCAAUCAGCCGUACAUCGCACCACAUUUCCAGAAUCCGCAACCCUUUGCUCAGCAAGCUCCAUUCGCGCCUACAUUUGUCCACCGUGAUUCAGGUUACGAUGCAAUGGAUGAAUCUGUGGAUGAACUGUCACUAAAUGACGUGGAUAUGCAGGGAAACGCCCAUCCACACAUGAUUCCGUCCAUGCUGCAACGUGACCAAGUCGAUGUCCAAACUCCCGGCGAAAAAUUCCGUUACCACGUCACAUUACGGGCGCCUACAGCAAUGGUUCGAGACCAAAACGAGGUACCAGUAUCCUACCUCAACAAGGGUCAAGCAUACUCCGUUUCUGUCGUUGACUCUGCUCCUCCGCCCCCGAUGAACGGUCAGCCAGUAAAAUACCGGACUUACAUUCGUGUCUCAUUCCAAGAUAAGGAACAAAGAUCGAAGCCCGCUGCUUGCUGGCAGUUAUGGAAAGAAGGCAGAGGGCUGAACGAGGCGCAUCAGCGUGGUGGCAAGCUGCAGGCUGUUGAAUACGUUGACCCCAUCCAGGGAGGUGUUGACGACCAAAAAAACCGACAGGUCCAGCUUGAGUGCUCUUCCUUCGACGGAUUUUGCGUGACCUGGACGACCAGCCCAACAACCGGAGCGUCGGAGUGUGCUAUCUCUGUUCGGUUCAACUUCCUUUCAACUGAUUUCAGCCACUCUAAAGGUGUGAAGGGCAUUCCAGUCCGACUUUGCGCCAAAACAGAGAUGGUUUCUCCAGGUAAUGCGGAUCCAGCGCAAGGUAAAGAGGCGGAAGUUUGCUAUUGCAAAGUGAAACUAUUUCGUGACCAUGGUGCAGAGCGAAAACUGUCUAAUGACGUUGCCCACGUUAAGAAGUCUAUUGAGAAACUCAGGCAGCAGAUCGCUCAGGCUGAAAUGGGAGCGGGCAACUACGGGAAGCGGAAGCGUAGUGGUGGCUCGAUUGCACUUAAAGGCUCUGACGCUCGCCCUGCGAAGAUCACAAAACACAAGCGGACAUGGUCGAUGGGCUCCCAAGAUGGUGACAGACUAUCGAUGGAAGAUGAUCUGCAUAUAAAACUCGCUUUAAUGCAAGAGAUGUUCACAUCUACCCGACCAGUGAGCAUUCUUGGCUUGCAAGGUGAUGAGCAGGACGACCCCGAUCUUUAUCCGGUUCAACUCCCCGAGCCUCGUGAUUUUGUCAAGAAGGAGGGCAAGAGUGGGCCUCGGUUCAGCAUUGACACAUCGGCUGGUUUCCCGACCUUGUCUCCGACGAACAGUUGCAUCUCGUUGAGCUCAACUUGCCAUACUCCGACCGUUCAAUCACAAACCGGUUUAUAUUAUGAUUCAGGCUACCAAUGCUCGGUCAACACAUCUGCAGAAAACUCCCGGCCAGGUUCCGAAGUUUGCGGAGACAAAGUUGUUUUGAAGCAUCCGAUAAAAAUCCAGAGGGUUGCGAAUGGAGAUGGGGAUAUGCCCAUGGGAUUCAUUGAGGCGGUGGAUAUCGACCCAACGUAUAGACCACCCGCCGAACGCCAGCCCAAGCCCAUUGCAUGUUUUUACAUUCGAUUCCCACGCAAUGAUCAAGCCAAAGAUGAUUAUUACCGUGCCGUUUAUCUGACAGAACGGACCGUGCGCGAUUUGAUGGAGAAGAUCUCUGUCAAACAACGCAUAGAUCCGCAGCGUAUCGUGCGCGUGCUUCGAGUCAAUAAAAAUGGCCUGAAGAUCAUGGUUGACGACGAUGUGGUUCGCGAGCUGCCUGAUGGCCAAGACAUGGUGGUUGAGAUCUCAGAGGCCGCUGCUUUGGACGACGCAACAGCCAUCGAUUCCGACAAGAGCUCUGGUGUUGAGCUGAAGCUAAGCUACUAA